AUGGGACCACUGCCGAGGGGCGACCCCGAUCGGUACCCAAGACGUGGGAACAAAAUGGACAAACUAAAACAAACAAAAAAUAAGGAUGAGGGGAAAGAGGACGAGAGUUUCAGCUCUAGUACAAACGACAAAAAGGAGACAAGCAAGGACGAAGACCCUUUCAAAAGGAGGGAAUCACUCUCGAGAACACCUCCCGAGAAAGAAGGGCAAAAAGUGUCCAGCUUGAGAACCAACUGGGAGCCAUGGGGCCUUGGUAGACCAAGAGCAAAUACGAACGGAAGUGAUACAGAGAAGGGAGCGAAGAGGAAGGCGACCGAAUCUCCGGAAAAUAAGGAACAUAAAAUAGGUAGAGAUGCAAAUCUACUAAAGAGACGACAUGCUGAAGCCGAAGAGAGGCUAAGCAAAGAAUUGGAGGUGUUAGGUAACUUCAUUCAAGAAAACAGGAACGUUCAUGUACCUGUAAAGAAAAGUAUCGAAAUUAUACAAAGAAGUUAUAAAAAAUUAAUAGAAAUCAUUAGAGUAAAAGAGGAAGAAGAAGAUGAAAAAGGAAAAGAGUGGCAAAAAAAAAUAGACACCCUGAAGGGGACAGUAAAACAUAUAGAAGAAGAAAGUAAGAUAACAAAGAAAAAGUUGGAAGAAAAAAUAGCAGCUGUGCAUGAAGAAAAAGAACGGCUAAUGGAAAAACUAAGAAAAGCGGAGAAAAUGGCAGAGAGAGGUGUUCAAAAAAUGAACGUUACAAAGCAAGAAAUAUUAGAAGCGGACAAUAGAGAAAAAUUCGAUAAAAUCAAAAAUAAUGCAUGGGAACAAAAUGCUUUCGAAAACGUGGAGGUAGUAGUGGGAAACCCAUUGAGCGAAACAAAGAGCGAGUGCAUGGUAGUAAUAGCAGAACCGGGAGACCCGGAUAUGAACCGAAGUAUUCAAAAAAUGUUCAGGGAUAGGUAUCCAGAAAUGACAGAAAUGAGAAAUAACUUUGAAAUAAUAGAGAAUGUGAUUAAAACAAGAAACAUAGAGAACAAGGACGAAGUAAGAGAAACAACUCGGAAGAUUAUUAAAAUAAAGACGAUAGAUACAAAGGAUGACCUAUGGGAUCUAUUAAAAAAAGUUCGAGAAUACACGAAGGAAGAAAAAAUAGAAAACAUAGUGACACAUAAGAUAGCAGAAAUAGAAGGAGAAGAACUGAGAAAGAUGAUGCAGUGUAUAUUCAUGGAGACGCAAACAAAAAUAAAAAUGUACGUACCGAAAAGUCUUCAAGCAGAAACCGGAAAGAGACAGAUCAAAGCAACAAAUUCGUACGCGAUAGUGGUCGAAAAAAAAGGAGUCGACUACAAUACCCUCUUAAAAGAAGUCAAAGCCACAUUGGCGGAAAAGGAAGAUAGAAAAGCUAUAAGAACGGUGAGGAGUACGAGAGAUGGUAAAAUGCUGAUUAUAACAGAUAAAGACCAGGAAAAGGAACAAAACAUAAGAAAAACAAUUAUAGAAAAUAUUGAAGAGGCAAACGUGAGACAAAUAACAAACAUAAAUAGAAACAAGAAAACACUGUUUAUAAGGAACCUAGACGCAACAACUAAUAAAGAAGAAGUAAAACAGGCAAUCAGGAGAGAAUUGGGAGAUAGAGGAGAAGUAGAGUUGAAAGUAGGCGAAGUGAGACCAACGAGAAAUAACACACAAACAAUCACGAUAACGAUAGAUAAAGACAGCGCGGAAAUCUUGAUCAGGAAAGAAUUUGUGAUGAUAGGAAUUGUAAAAGGCAAAAUCGAAGAACGUAUGCAGAUGACGCGAUGUUAUCGGUGCUGGGGUUACGGACAUGCAGCGAGUGAAUGUUUAGAAGAAAUAGAUAGAAGAAAUACAUGCUAUAAAUGUGGGAAAGAAGGGCAUCAAGCCGGGCAGUGUAACAACGAGGCAAAAUGUCCACUUUGCGAAAAAGAAGGGCACACAGCGGGUAGUUCAGCAUGUAAGAUCUUCAGAAUAGCAUUAAAGGAAGCUAAGAGAAGUGCGGAGUCUCCGCAAAAAUUAAACUGA